AUGCUUCCUGCAGAGGUGCUCCCACCCCGCCUGGGUUCCUCAGUGCUCCUGCUGCUACCAUUUCUACUGCCUGCAUCUGCUUUCUUCCCCAAUUUUUGGAGCCUCCUGGCUGCCAUUGGCUCCAUCACCCACCAGGACCUGACGGAGGAGGCAGCACUCAAUGUUACUCUGCAACUCUUCCUAGAGCAGCCACCCCCUGGCCGGCCGCCCCUCCGCCUGGAGGACUUUCUGGGCCGCACCCUCCUUGCUGACGACCUCUUUGCCGCCUACUUUGGAUCUGGAUCGUCUUCCCGGAGGUUCCGAGCAGCUUUAGGUGAGGUGUCUCGUGCCAACGCAGCCCAGGACUUCCUGCCAACUUCCAAAAAUGACCCUGACCUGCACUUUGAUGCUGAGCGGCUGGACCAGGGGCGCACACGCCUGGCAGCAGCUCUGAGAGAAAGCUUGGUGGCAGCCAGAGCCCUCGAUCACACCCUGUCCCGCCAGCGCCUUGGGGCUGCCCUUCAUGCUUUGCAGGAUUUCUACAGUCACAGCAACUGGGUGGAACUGGGACAGGAGCAGCCACACCCUCACCUCCUGUGGCCGAGGCAGGAGUUCCAGAACCUGGCACAAGCCAGUGACCCUACCUGCUCUGAUUGUGAGCAGUUGAGCUGCCCUGGGAAUUUGCUGGACUUCCGACUCCUCACCUCUGGCUACUUUGGAACAGAUCCCCCCAAACCUCCAGGAAAAUGUAGCCAUGGGGGCCAUUUUGACCGGAGCAGCUCCCAGCCACCCCGGGGAGGCAUCAACAAAGAUAGCACAUCCCCAGGCUUUUCUCCACACCAUGAGCUACAUCUCCAGGCUGCAAAUCUGGCUCUUCUAGCCUCCAUCCAGGUCUUCAGCCUCAUGCGAAGCCGCCUGGGAGACAGGGAUUUCUCCAGGUUGCUAGACAUCACUCCGGUCUCCAGCUUGAGCUUUGUCCUGGACACGACGGGCAGCAUGGGCGAGGAGAUUAACGCUGCCAAAAUCCAGGCCCGCAGCAUUGUGGAGCAGCGACGGGGCACCCCUAUGGAGCCUGCGCUCUACAUUCUGGUGCCCUUCCACGACCCAGAGUUUGGUCCUGUGUUUACAACCAGUGACCCCGACAGCUUCUGGCAACAACUCAAUGAGCUCCACGCCUUGGGCGGUGGAGAUGAGCCUGAGAUGUGCCUAUCAGCCUUGGAGCUGGCCCUGCUGCACACACCUCCGCUCUCAGACAUCUUUGUCUUCACUGAUGCCUCCCCUAAGGACGCCUUUCUCACCAACCGGGUGGAAUCUCUGACUCAGGAGCGACACUGCCGAGUGACAUUUCUAGUGACUGAAGAUCCUUCGAGGGUGCGGAUGCGGACCCGGCGUGAGGUCUUGUCCCCUCUGCGUUUUAAGCCAUAUGAGGCAGUGGCCCUAGCCUCAGGAGGCGAGCUGAUCUUCACCAAAGACCAGUACAUUCAAGAUGUGGCAGCCAUAGUUGGAGAGAGCAUGGCUGACCUGGUGACACUUCCCUUGGAACCCCCUGUCGUGGUUUCUGGGAAGCCACUCGCAUUCACUGUGGAUGAGAUGCUGCAGAGGAUCACAGUCCGGAUCCAUGGAGAAGUCAGCAGUUUCUGGAUCAGGAAUCCUGCAGGGAUCUCCCAGGACCAGGAGGAAGGUCAGGGUCCUCUCGGUCACACUCGACACUUUGGGAAGUUCUGGAUGAUGACUCUGAAUGAGCCCCCCCUGAAAGGAUCCUGGGAGAUCCAGAUCACAGCUGAGGGCACUCCACGGGUAAGAGUACAAGCCCAGACCUCCGUGGACUUUCUUGUUCACUUUGGGAUCCCAGUGGAGGAGGGACCCCACCCUGGCCUCUAUCCGCUGACGCAGCCAGUUGCAGGUCUCCAGACUCAGCUGAUGGUGGAGGUGACAGGACUCAGCUCCAGGGCGAACUCAGGGAAUUACAGGCCACAUUUCUCUCACGUUAUCCUUCGAGGGGUCCCAGAGGGCACAGAACUAGGCCGGGUGUCCUUGGAGCCUGUGGGUCCCCCUGAGCGAGGUCUCCUUGCAGCCUCCCUGCCUCCCACACUACUGCCCACACCUGGGCGCUUCACCUUGGAACUAAUUGGCCAGGAUGGAGCGGGUCAGAGCUUGCACAGGGCAGCCCUCCAACCCUGCACCAUGGCCCCAGUGCUUCUGGAGCUCAGUGGCCCUCCUGGUUUCCUGACACCAGGCACCCAUACCCAGCUCAGCUUCUACAUUGCCAGCUUCUUGGGCCCUCAAGAGCUCAGCCUUACUGCAACAGUCAACCCCAGCUUUGCCCUCACCUCUAACCUCUCCAGGGUUCAUCUGGGACAAAAUGAGUCUGCCUGGGGACACCUGUGGCUGGAGGUCCCAGAUUCAGCUGCCCCUGACUUGGUGGUGAUGGUGACAGUGACUGCGGAGGAUCUAGAAGCCAGCUCAGUGCCCCCAACCCAUGCCUUCCUGCGGCUCCUGGUGCUGGCUCAGGCCCCCCAGGACCAGCUCACUUCCUCGGUCCACUCAACCGGCUCUGUCCUCACCACAGCCAGCCCUGCCUUUGCCCCGUCCACUGUGAUGACACAGGGGAGGGCUGGUGGUGGGAUGUCGGGCAGCCCCUGGUGGGGCACAGUUGGAGGGGUGCUGCUCCUGCUGGGCCUGUCCUCCUGGUAA